GUGGGCACCGCCGGGAUGCGGCUUGCGGAGCAGCCGGUGCCGACAGCUGGUGCCUCCCGGCCGCCCGCCGCGCUGGGGGCUGGCGGGGCCGGCUCACCACUGACGUAUGCUCAGGACAGUCUGAGCGAUGACAAAGUUUUUCAUCCGGCUGCCUGCAGUUCCCUCUGCACCGCCCCUGCGGCUGCGGGGAGGGGUAUGGGCCUCGUGGGUCCCCUGGGUGCCGUGGGAAGCGCUGGGCUGGCGGCCGUGCCGAGCCGAGCCGUGCACACGGCUGGGACCGUCCGAGCGGCUCGGCCACGCUCGGCAUGGGGCUGCGGCUCCCGCUGCGCCGGAGCACCAGCUUCACCCCCGACCACCCUGCCCUCAUGGAGGUGCCUGGCCCCACUGCCCUGAAGAUGGAAGCAAACGUCCUUGUCAUGGGAGCGGACAACGUAGGGAAAUCAGCUCUGACCGUGCGUUUCCUGACCCGGCGCUUUAUUGGAGAGUAUGGAGACAUGGAAUUUAUCUACAGCCACAACCUGACUGUGGAUGGCCGAGAGAUCCUCUUACACAUCUGGGACGUCCCCAGUUCCCAGGAGCAGGCAGAGGAUGGCUCCUCAGAGGAGAAGCGAAUCCAGUGGGCAGACAGCUUUGUCCUGGUCUACAGUAUCUGUGACCGUGCCAGCUUCAACAUCCUGCCCCUCAAAAUCCAGUUCAUCAAGGCUGCCAAGGAGGGGCAGAGCCAGGAGAAGGUGCCCAUAGUCAUUGUGGGCAACAAACGGGACCUGCACCACCAGCGGGUGGUGUCCAGCGAGGAGGGGCGGCUCCUGGCCCUCUCUUUAGACUGUGGUUUCUAUGAGGUCUCUGCAGCUGAGGCUUACCACGGGGCCCUCAUGGUCUUCCAUGGACUGGCCAAGCUCAUCCCAGACACCAAGCUGGCCCUGAAGAAGGGCACAGGGAUCCGUGGCAUCGUCAAGACCAUGUCGGCUGUGUUUGCCCGUAAGCGAACAGACUCCCUCUGAGUUCCUGCACGGGUGUUGCUGCUCUCUGUGCUGCCCUGUUGGGCCAAGCCUCCUUGCAGGGUGCCCAUGGAGAUGGUGUGUCUCUUUCCAUAAGUGUGACGGGUUCCUUGCUGUCCUCCUAGUGUCAGGGUCUGGGUGUCCUGCCUCGCACAGCCAGUGCAGCUGAGGACUGUAGUGGGUUACUCUUGGCUCUGCCGUGGGACAGGCUCAUCUCUUUGCUGUACCAGCUCUUUAGGUGCCUCCUGUUUUCUCCUUCUGUCCUCCAACACUGGAAACCACGGGGGGAUUUUGCCAAAGCUCCAGGCAGCAGCAUCCCUAGCUCCUGCAGCUGGAGCUGUCAGCGAUUAGGGAGGAUAUCCUGCUCUUGUACAGCACACGACUCCCUGUCUCUCCACUCCUACUCUGGGAUCCUUAUUCCCUUUUAACCCUGAUCAGGAUCCUCUUCAGUAACCCUGGAGCACCCAUGAGCUGGAGAGGUGGGGCUUUCUCCACUGGGGAGGCACUGGCAGUUCCCACUCAGUUAUCACCGAGUGAGAGCAUCCCAGAGCCCAGGGCACCGGCAGUCCUGGGGACUUUGGAGAGGGCUGGUGCCUCCCAUCCCCCGCCGUGCUUUUGAGCAGUCGUGCUCAUGUCCCUCUCCCCCACAGCCUUCAGUGAUCACAGCGUUCCCUUGUGCGGGCGAGCGCUGCACAGGCUGUGCCUGGGAAAAGCCAGGCGCGGGGCUCGUUCCCAGCAUGGAAUUGCACCACACGCCUUCCCAAGCCACUCCUGUAGGGCUGCCUGUCCCCGGGGAGGAAAGGAGCUGGGGAAAGGGGUCGCUGGGCUCGUUGCUGAAACCUCUGCUGCUGGGAGGCUUUUUCCUGCCUCUCCCAAACCUUUCUCUUUGUGCCCUGGGAAAGCAGUGUAUUGGAAGAGGGUUUGUGCGUGCUGUAGGGACACUGAUUUCUCUGCUGUGUUAUUCUGGAAAUGCAAUAAAUUGUCUUUGGCAGGAAG